AUGCCUGCCGACAUUCGCUCGUUUUUUGGCCCGAAAGGUGGCGCGCCGCCUGCUAAGCCUGCAACGCCAGCACCCAAGAAGGAAGAAGAGAAGAAGACCCGGGGCAGACCGAGAAAGAUGGUUGUCGAGGAUAGCGAAGAUGACGAGGUUGUCGAGGUCAAGAAGCCAACCAAGGCCGCACCAAAGAAGAAAGUAGUAGAACCCGUAAAAGGAGUCGAAACCGAUGCUGCCAAGUACUUUGCAACCUCGAAAACGAAGACAGCUACUGCUUCCCAGUCAACGCCGAAAAAGACACCAGCAAAGCCCGAGCCAGAAGAACCCAAAGUUGCGCUUCGAACAAGCCCCCGGAAGAAGGCCACCCCAGCUGCCAAAGCACCAGAACCUCCCAAGACUACAAAGACCUCGACCACAAAGAAACCCACGACGGCCUACAAGAAGUACGACAGAGAUGAAGACGGCGAUGCCUAUAUGGACGACAACGACGACGAUGCUGGCGACGAUAUCUUUGCGGCUGAAGUCAAGGGCGGCAACAAGAGGAAAAAGGACGAUGACUAUGCUGAGGAGGACAGCGACGAGGAGCUUCUCCCCAAGCCCAAGCGUAUUGCAUCCCGCGCCAAAAAGACAGUAGCAGCUGAAUCCAACAACGAAGACCUGAAGCCAGCACCCAGCAAAGCGACCAAGAAGACCACAACUGCUACGGCAGCGAAGCGGAAAUCACCGGUUGUUAUAAGUGACGAGGAAGACGAAGAGGUGGAAGAAGUCAAACCAGCGAAGAAGGCCGCUAAACCCCGUGCCCCAAGGGCAAAGAAGGAUGCGGGGCCCGAAGAGCCCGAAGAGGUCAAGAAGAUCCUCGACAACAUACCGACAAUCGAAGCGCCAGAUGCUCCUCCUAAGGAUGAAAACUUCAAGUUCGACUGGAAGAGCAAGGCUGCAGGAGGUGGAAAUGUGGGUGCACCCCCCAUGGCAGGCACUGCUGAGAUUCCUGAAGGUGAGAUUGACUGUCUUGCGGGCAAGACAUUCGUGUUCACCGGACUACUCAAGACCAUCGCGCGUGAGGAUGCCCAAGCACUCGUCAAGCGCUAUGGUGGCAAGGUAACAGGAGCGCCGUCUAGCAAAACCGAUUUUGUCGUUCUCGGUGACGAUGCAGGACCAAGCAAGCUGCGGAAGAUUAAAGAGCAUGGUAUUAAGACCAUCGACGAGGAAGGCCUGUUCUACCUUAUCAGGACUAUGCCCGCUGGUGGUGGUACCGGAAAGGGGGCUGAAAAGGCCAAGCAGAAGCGGGAGGAGGAAGAGAAGAAGAUCCGUGAGGAAGCCGAGAAAUUGGAUCGCGAAGAGAAGGCUCGGAGACUGGAAGCUGAGAAGGAGGCCAAGAAGGCUGCUGCCGCCCGCGGUGUUUCCCGUCCCGCCCCUGCUCCGCCCAAACAGUUGUCCCAACUCUGGACAACAAAGUAUGCUCCGACGGCGCUGAACCAGAUCUGCGGCAACAAGGCCAACGUGGAAAAGAUUCAAAAUUGGCUCAGGAACUGGCCUAAGGCGAGAAAGUAUGACUUCCAGAAGAGAGGUGCCGAUGGUUCGGGCGGAUCCCGUGCGAUCAUCAUUUCUGGUCCUCCUGGUAUCGGCAAGACGACUGCAGCACAUCUUGCUGCUAAGCUGGAAGGCUACGAUGUGAUCGAGAGCAACGCCAGUGACACUCGCAGCAAGAAGCUUGUCGAGAACGGUGUCAGCGAUGUCAUGACCAACACGUCUCUUCUAGGUUUCUUUGCUGGAGAUGGCAAGCAGGUUGAUGCUGGCAAGAAGAAGAUUGUCCUUAUCAUGGACGAGGUCGACGGUAUGUCUGCUGGUGAUCGUGGCGGUGUUGGUGCGCUUGCCAAGUUCUGCAGGAAGACUGAGGUGCCUCUCAUCUUAAUUUGCAACGAGCGCAGAUUGCCAAAGAUGAAGCCUUUCGAUCAUGUCGCCUUUGAUAUCAAAUUCCAACGUCCCACGGUCGACCAGAUUCGUUCCCGCAUCAUGACCAUCUGCCACAGAGAAGGGCUUAAGAUCCCACCACCCGUUGUUAAUGCCCUUAUCGAAGGCAGCGGUAAGGACAUUCGCCAGAUCAUCAACAUGAUCUCGACGGCGAAAUUGGAUCAGUCUACCAUGGACUUCGAUCAAAGCAAGCAGAUGAGCAAGGCCUGGGAAAAGCAUGUCAUCCUUAAGCCUUGGGAUAUUUGCCAGAAGCUGAUCGGCGGCGGCAUGUUCGCCCCUUCCAGCACGGCAACCCUGAAUGACAAAAUUGAGCUCUACUUCAACGAUCACGAGUUCUCCUACCUCAUGAUCCAGGAGAACUACCUCCGUUCGAGGCCCAUGGCUUUGAACCAAAAGGGCUAUACUCCAAGGGAACAGAACCUCAAGUGGCUCGAACUUGUCGACCAAGCAGCUGAAAGCAUCAGCGACGGCGACCUAGUCGACCGCAUGAUCCACGGUCCCCAGCAACAAUGGAGCUUGAUGCCCACGCACGCCGUCUUCAGUACCGUCCGCCCCUCCAGUCUCAUCGCCGGCCAAUUCGGCGGACAGGCCCAGUUCACUUCUUGGCUUGGCAACAACAGCAAGUACGGCAAGCUCAGCCGCUUCAACCGUGAGAUCCACGCCCACAUGCGCCUCAAGUCCUCGGGCGACGCCCACGAGAUUCGCCAGCAGUACAUGCCUGUUCUGUGGGACAAGACGGUCAAGCGCCUCGAAGUUGAGGGCAAGGAUUGCGUGCCGGAAGUCAUCGAUCUGAUGGAUAGCUAUUACCUGACGAGAGAGGACUUUGACUCGAUCAAGGAGUUGGGAUUGGGUGAUCAGGCGGAGGAAAACGUCAACAUUGAGACGCAGACCAAGGCUGCUUUUACGAGGCUUUACAACGCCGCUUCCCACCCCGUUCCCUUCAUCAAAGCCAGCAGCAUCCUCGCCCCCAAGAUGAUCGCCAAGGACGUUCCCGACUUGGAAGAGGCCAUCGAGGAAGACGACGAGGGAGACGCCGCCAUCGCUGACGAUGCCGCCCAAGUUGACGAAGACGAUGAUGUGGAUAUCACCAAGGAUAAGUACAUCAAGCAGCCAAAGGCGAAGAAGGCGCCUGCUGCGAAGAAGGCUGCAGCGAGCAAGAAGAAGGCGAAGAAAGAUGUGGAGGAUGAUGAUGAGGACGACGACGAGGUGGUGGUUGCCAAGCCUGCGGCUAAGGGGAGGGGAAGGCCUGCUAAGAAGAAGUGA